CAUAGAUGGCGACAUUAAGUCUUUAACACUUCAGCACAACUUCAAAUUUGGAAGUGUUUUUACGACCGAGCGCAGACGUCAAGAACGACGGAAAGACGGUUCUUGAAGGUUCGCUGGUGUUCAGAUUAAAGGUGUGGUAACGGGACAGCCUGCUAACGGUUCUUCUGCCUGCAUUCGUGCAUGUGAAACGCAUGACACAGCACUCCUGGCUUUGAAAAAGUCGCAGCAUCAGUCUCCUGCAGGGGCAGAAUACACCCGAAUACACCCCGCUGCAGUCUGCAGAGCAUCCGCACUCACGGCAGGCUUGGUGGUCUCCUAAAGCUACUCAGUAUAUUCUGGAAAAAAGGCGACACAGCUCAGCAGCAGGAUGGCUCAUGAAGAAAAGAAUCCGCUGCCUCCAGCAGGGACGCUCUCUGAGGGACAGCAACAGUCCCUCUUUAAGAUGGAGCCCAAGACUCUAGGGGCAAUCCAGAUUGUUAUCGGGAUUUUGAUCCUUUGUCUGAGCGCGUCUGUGCUCCAGGUUCACGAAGUCCACUUUACCGGAGAUGUGGCUCUCUUCCUCAUCGUUGUCAUACAGGUGACUGUGUCUGGGUCAGUGCUGGUCCACAGUGGGAGGAGACCUACUCUUUUCUGGGUGAAAUGUGUCCUGGUGCUUCAUCUCAUCAGUGCUGCGUUUGCCACCGCUGCCCUGGGUCUAAUGUCCAAGCACCUCCCCUACCGCCAGGACUCUUACCACUGUGAACACUGCCGUAAACUGGAGCUACAUGCUGUGCAACAUUGUUUCAGGAAAUGCACCGGGCUGAUCGAGCAAAAGUGUAAACUAUUGAUUGAUGGUAUUCUGGGAACACUGGUUAUAUUCCUGGUGCUUGAGCUGCUAAUCUGCAUCACUGCCAUGCUGUUUGGACUCAGCGUCCUAGCUGCUGGUGGCAGCCAGGCUCCCAGUGAGAGACCCGUCUAUCCACAAACUCGCCCCCCACCUGUCCCAGCUACGGAGACUGUUCAGGCCGUUCAGUCUGCUCGAGCUGCUGCUGAGCCAACUCAGCAGGUGGCUGUAGUUGUGACAGAACCUGAUUCAGAGCAGGUAGAGGACAUCUCCACCCCACCCACUGAACCCCAGGUGGAGCCAAUAGAAACCACAGAACCCUGAGCUCAGCGCACAGAGCUCACAGUGGUGUCAUGUCAGUCACAAGAGACGGCUUACAUCUGAGUGUCAACAGGGAAGCCAUAUUCCGUAUGUUAUGCAUUUGGAAAAUAAAUGUGAAUGUUUAACAAGUUUCUGGCAUGUUGUGAUCACAGCAUCAGUGUUAGUGCUGCUGUCCCUACAGUAUACUAUGAUGUAGUUGUGAAAUGGAACAGUUUUAUUACGAAUGUUGACAUGGUAGCACUUUAUAAUAAUAUCACACUAUUAAGCCUUAUUAAGGUAUUAACAAGUGAUUAAUUCAUCAUUUACACAGCAUUACUGCUCCGUAGUAUGCCAUUUAUACUUCUAUCAAUAUCAAAACUUUACACAACUUAGUAAAUCAGUAAAGUUGUGAAAUAUAAAGAACAGAAUUGGUCGAUAUUAUAAAAGCAGCGAUUUUAGCCCACUGUCUGUAACACUGUGUUAGACUGCCCCAGCACUCUCAUCCUGCUUGUAACUCAGGGUUUCUCUCAUCAGCUGCUGACGUGUAAGCCUCUUACUUACUUGUGCACUGAAAUGUUCUCCAAUGAGAACUCAAAGAGAGAAAUAUCUCUAAAAAUAUAACGGUCUCAUCAUUGUUUAUUGUUUUUGGCAAAUUAGGGAAUAAGAUGAGGUUUUCAUAAAAUCCGAGCAGUUGGAACUCGUUAAAUCCACAGAACAGAUAUGUGUAUCUCCACAGUUAGCUUAGCAGAUCAAAUCUAUCUGACACUGCUUUCAUGUAUGGCUUCUUAGUCCUGUUGUCACUCUUUGUUCAAACCACUAUAAUAUAGAAUUAACUGUAAAUGAAUGUAUGAAAAUUUUAAUCUCACUGAAAAUAAAAUUACUGCUGCACAGAUAAAUCGCUCUCACCAGUCACUAAAGAUUAGCUUGAAAUGUUGAAUUGUUACUAAUAUUUUUUUUUUUAGCACAAAUCUGCUGAAUCCAAAGCGGGGUUGUUCUGUCGAGUCUACAGAUUGUAUAUUAAUGGAAUAUUAACCACAGCCUUGUCUUUUUUUUCUAUAUAAUUUUGAGAUCAUUGUAAAUCUUCCUUAGCAUGCACACAUAAGGCCACAAUUCUGCUAAAUAAA